AUGAAGAGGCAUAUUACUAAUACAGUGAAGCAAGUGGGCGGGACAUCCCAUCCUGAGUUUGCUUUGGAGAGGCUGAUUACUAACAUUAUCCUUAAAGCAGAAAGACCACGAAGCAAACGAAUGGUCAUGGCUGUUUUUGGUGGAGAUUCUGAGCACAGCAAUGCUCAGCUUGAUUAUUUGUCUAGACUGUAUCGUUGUAACCCAGACCCAUUGUGUGGUGUAAUCCGGCCUUCACCCCUGCAGAUGGAUUUGGACAUCUCUGUGCUGCUGGAUGGGUCUGAUAACCUGAACACUCAACAGUAUGUAAACACGAAGGAGAUCCUGCUGUCUCUGUUGGACCGGAUCGAUAUUCUGCCAACUGAAGCGCCCACCGAAGAGCCCUUCACAACAGAGGAACCUUUUGAGCAAUAUGAAGAUGUUUAUGAUGAGCAAAACACAGAACCAAUCACUGAACCCAGUGAAUAUGAUGACACUGAACAAUUUACAGAAGAGCACAAAAAGGACAAAAUGGAGCCUUCAAAGACUAAAGCACGAUGCUUCCUUGAGAAAGAUUCAGGCCAUGUGUGUGGAUCGUAUAUGUCCAGAUGGUAUUACAGCCAGCAGACUAAGAAAUGCAUGCACUUCUGGUAUGGUGGUUGUGGCGGAAAUGAAAACCGAUUCUUGACAGAGGAUGAGUGCUUUAGGGAAUGUGUGUCUACAGGCCAUUUACCUGUACAGAGUUUUGAGAUUGUUCAAACUUCCGCCACAGAAUCUGAAAAUCCUCCAAAGGAUGAUUCCAGUAUCAAGGACAUUUGCCAGCUCAAACUCGAUGCAGGAUCUUGCUCAAACUUUUCAGUGAAAUGGUACUUCAACGUCCGCAGUGGUGGAUGUGUCCAGUUCUGGUACGGAGGCUGUGACGGGAACAGCAACAGGUUCGACACUCAGGAGGACUGUGAGAUUCGCUGUCUCAGGGCCAAAAAAGUAUCUCCAAACAUCUAAACUGUGAUAUCUAAUGAAUUUUAACAGCUUUAUUCUUUCAUGGUCAUGAUCGUAUCCUCAUCACGAUUGUCAAAUGGCAGCCAUAGAAGCAGUUUUAGCUAUAUGUAUUUGUAUAUUUAGCUAAACGUAAAUUUAUAUUUAGCUAAAUUUGAGUGUAGGAAAGAUUUGAUUACAAGAGCAGAAUUUUUAAAGGUGAAGUUUACAAUGAUGCGUCAUUAGUUGCACCAGAAAGAACUGCAAAAAUAAUGAUUCACUUUCAGUAAUUUCAGCCAUCGCUCGGUUAAACUCAUGCCACUUUCUGAGAUAAUGUUGUUAGACAGCUUAAACGUACAGAUUGCAAUUCUGUUUGGUGCCAUUAGCAGUGCAGAAAAAAACAUUGCUCACGUUUAAUUUAAAACGCAAUUUUAGAUUUUUGUUUAAAUCACCUUUAUAAAACAAAAUUUCUUGAGUGAAUUAGAUUUUUUUUUUUUUAAAUGCACAUUGUCAUCAAGACGACUGUU